UGAUGAGACAGCAAAAGAAGAGAAAGCACCUGCAAAAGAGAAGUACGUUGCAAAGCCGAAGGCAAUCCCUUCUCUCGGAAACAAGAAUAGAUUCCACCCCUAUUCAAAGGAGAAGAAUGCAGGCACUGGAGAAAAGAAGACUAUUAAUCGUAAUAGAGUUUUUAUUAGCAACAUCCCGUAUGACAUGAAAUGGCAAGCUAUUAAAGAUCUUAUGAGAGAGAAAGUUGGUGAGGUUACAUACGUGGAGCUGUUUAAGGAUGCUGAAGGAAAAUCAAGGGGUUGUGGUGUGGUUGAAUUCAAAGAUGAAGAAUUUGUUAAGAAAGCGUUAGAAACUAUGAACAAAUAUGAUCUUAGUGGAAGACCCCUGAAUAUUAAAGAGGAUCCCGAAGGUGAACAUGCUCGUAGGGCAUUACAUCGUGUAGGAGGACAGUUUCCAGGAGGACAUGGACCUGAUGUAGCACCUGGAAUAAUGAAUUUACCACCUUCUAUUCUCAAUAAUCCAAACAUUCCUCCUGAGGUUAUCAGUAACUUGCAGGCAGGCAGGCUCGGGUCCACUAUUUUUGUUGCUAAUCUUGACUUUAAAGUUGGCUGGAAGAAACUGAAGGAGGUAUUCAGCAUUGCUGGAACUGUAAAGCGUGCAGACAUCAAAGAAGAUAAAGAUGGCAAGAGUCGAGGAAUGGGAACAGUUACCUUUGAACAAGCAAUUGAAGCUGUUCAAGCAAUAUCUAUGUUCAAUGGACAAUUCCUGUUCGAUAGACCCAUGCAUGUAAAAAUGGAUGACAAAUCAGUUCCCCAUGAAGAUUUCCGUGUUGCAGACAGCAAAACUUCACAAUUACCUCGUGGUCUUGGUGGCAUUGGUAUGGGACUUGGACCAGGUGGACAGCCCAUCAGUGCAACACAAUUGAGCAUGGGUGGUGGAAUGGGGAGCAUGGGUCCAGGAGGUAUGGGAAUAGACGGUCCAGGAUUUGGCGGCAUGAAUAGAAUGGGAGGCGGACUUGCUGGAUUUCGUGGAAUGGAAGGAAUGCCAAAUAUGGGAGGAUUUGGAGUAAGCCGAAUGGGAGAAAUGUUCCGUGGUGGAAUGGGAGGAAACAUGGACAGAGAUUUUGGUCGUAGUGACAUGGCAUUGAACCGUGGCUUUGGAGAUUCUUUUGGAAGGAUGGGUGGUGCAAUGAUUGGUGUUUUUGCAGGAGGAAUGGGAGCGCCUAGCAUGGGCCCAGUAAGAUCUGGAAUGAGUGGUGGAAUGGGUGGUAUGAACAGUAUGGCUGGAGGAAUAGGAAUGGGGAUGGAUCGGAUGAGUUCUGGUUUUGAUCGAAUGGGACCAGCUAUGGGUGGAGGCCUGGACAGGAACAUCGAUAUCGAUCGAGGAUUUGUGCCUGGCCCAAUGGGAGGUGGCAUGAGGGAGAGAUUAGGCUCUAAAGGCAACCAGAUAUUUGUGAGAAAUCUUCCUUUUGACUUGACCUGGCAGAAGUUGAAGGAGAAAUUCAGUCAGUGUGGUCAUGUAAUGUUUGCAGAAAUAAAAAUGGAGAAUGGAAAAUCAAAGGGCUGUGGAACAGUGAGAUUUGACUCACCAGAAUCUGCUGAAAAGGCCUGUAGGAUAAUGAACGGCAUAAAAAUCAGUGGCAGAGAAAUUGAUGUACGCUUGGAUCGCAAUGCAUAAUUUAAAACCGUGUGUUCAGGAACAUUCCUAUGUCUGUUUAGCUUCUCUAUCCUAGUAAGUCAUUUUUAGUAACAUUGUAUGCUUACAAAAGCUGUAAAAAGGAACUUUUAAAUCCCACCAGCCUUUAACAGUAUAGUGUUUAAUAUACUGUGAUACUUGUUAACUGAAUCUUACUAUGUUUGGUUUUUAAAGACAAUUUGCCUGAUUUUUGUUGUUUUUUUUAGAGGCACUGAGCACCUGCAGGUCCCUGUAGACCAUGGAAGCUUGGGAUGCUCAGUGCCUUUGGAAAAUUAGGCCAAGUGUCUCUAGUCAUUCAGUUUAAAUGAAUGGUUAUACUGUUUUUAAUAAAAUAAGCCAUUUUCUCUGUUAAUCUCAAGACUGCAUAGUGGGAUUUGUUUAGUGUUUUCUGAUUUUUAUUUUUUCCCCAGUGUGUACCAACAUUGUAAUGUAAAAACUAGAUGUCUUUUUUUUCAGAAUUUUGUUUUUAUAUGUGCGUCGUAGUCAUACUGUAAUUCUUGACUCUUCAAAGAAAGGGCUCCAAUUAGGCUGUGAUGUUUUCGUUCUACUUAAUAUUACUUUAAUGACAUGACUUAGUUCUGUAAAUAAGAUUUAGAGCCCAAUGGGAGUUUUGAAAUAUAUUUUUUUUUUUUUAUUUUGACCAAAUGAAGAAACUGAUCUUUCUCUCUUGCUUUUUUUUUUUAUCAGUCUAAUCACUGAUUAAAACUAGUUACCACAGACCCUUGUAGGAUUGUUCCCUAUGAUGCCAAGUUCAUAUAAAAUUGAUAAUGUAGUAAAUACUAAGUACAGUACAAGACAAAUUGCUCCCAAUUUUUUAUCUAUUUUCCAGCCAUUCAAGUGAACUGCCAGCAAAAUAAAAACAACAGAACAGAUAAGAGAAAUGGCUGUGUAUGUCAAACCACUGCUGUUCACUUCUAUGGGUCCUGAUGUAUUUAUGAAGGCAGUUUUUAUAAACCAGGGUAUUCCCAAACAGAGCAUAUCAAAUACGUUGGAUCCUACAAUGUUAGACAUAGCCAUAUCUCCAUUUCCUGUAAAAGAAGAAAUACAAAUAAGUAUGCUUAAUUGUAUUGUAUGAAAUUGCCAAACUGUUUUGGAGGAACAGACUGUUAGCCUGCAAUUUCUCACAGAGCACCCUUUUCAGACUUUUCAUUGAAAGAACUGUAGUCAUGAUUCUACAGAACAUGGUUUUGGGUACCACAAGCAUUAAAAAAAAAAGUCUCCCUAAAUCACCAGCAUCUGCACACUUGCACUUAAAAUAAGCUAGACAGGCUAUUAUAAAAUCCAGUCAUGUUUAAAAUACCAAGACCUACAGGAGUGUUUUGCGGUAAAACUGUAACACUCGAUCAACAGCAAAUCAAACCAAUCUAGAAUACUCCUCUGAGAGGUUUUUAAAUGUCUGAGCCACAGCUUCUUCAGGUAAGCUAUUUAUUUAUUAUUAGUAAACUUAAGCUCUAGAAUCUGGAGCAAAAAUUCUGAAGUUACUCCUUGAAUUUCUGGAAAUGUUGACUAGAAUUCUUUUUUUCUUAGUACCUUUUAAACACAUCCAUUGGAAUGAGGCUGAAUACUAAAAUCUUUACCUUUUUGAGCCACCAGCACACUUGCAACUGUAUCUGGUACGCUUGUUCCUGCUGCUAGUAAUGUGAGACCCAUUACCGACUCCGGAAUUCCCAGUGUUUCACCUGCAGUUGAUAAAUAAUGGUAGAAAAUGCAAGUAUGUUUUUAGUUUAAGUUCCAUUGAAAGAAAUUCCUUUGUACUUUGUUUGCUGGGGAAAGGAUUAGUAAUCAUACCAUAAUUUCAAAAGGAAUCUAUCAGCUAACUUGACUAAAUUUGAAGUGACUGAACCGUGAAGUAGUUAAAAACAAGAACAA